UCAAGCGUAUUCAUAUUUUAACUAAGCCUACGUUCAACAAAGAUAAAGGAAUAGCAACAUAGCUGAAUGCUGAUAUUCUAUAAUUUAGAUAGCACAUAAUGUCGCUAAAGCCGACAACAUGCAAGGAGGCCAUAGCUCGCUGGGAGCGGGAGACGGGGCAGACGGCGGCGGAGGCCACGGUGGUAGAGCUGCAGUUCCAGUGGCCGCCGAUAGAGAAGAUGGACGGCGCGUUAUCCAGUCUCACCGCUUGCGAAAAACUGAGUUUAUCAUCGAAUAUGAUCGACAAAAUAGCUGGAAUAGCUGGCAUGAGGAAUUUGAAGAUACUUUCACUUGGACGCAAUAAUAUUAAAUCUCUGGCGGGUAUUGAGACGGUGUCGGAGUCGCUAGAGGAGCUGUGGAUCAGCUACAACGUGAUAGACAAGCUGCGCGGUGUGGCGGCGCUGCGGCGGCUCCGAGUACUCUACAUGUCCAACAACAACGUCAAGGAAUGGGUGGAGUUUAACCGCCUACAGGAGCUCCCUCAACUGCGUGACCUGGUUUUCAUCGGCAACCCGCUGUACGACAACCAGCCCGACGUGGAGACCUGGCGCAACCAGGCCUGCCGCCGCCUAGACCAGAUCACCAAGCUCGACGGUAUACCUAUAGUCAGGCCUGAUGCAGAAUAGGCGAGGAAUGUAAUCUUAAAUAUACCUAUAGUGUUUUGU